UGUGCGGACUGGCAGGCGGAGCGCGGAGGGGUGCUGCGCGGGGGCGCUGCGGGGCACAGAGUGCGGCGUCCUGCAGACAGACGGGCGCUCCUCAGAGGCUUGCCUAGAGGCAGCACUGGGUCUUCCCAGCUCCCAGUGUCAAUACUGAGACCCCAGAUGUGGCCAGAGACACCCUGAAGAGGCUGAGGGGCGGAGGAGUCUUAGUGCACCCACAGGGAGAUUCCUGAGGCUGACUCAGAGCCAGAGAAUUUGCCUGCUAUUUGAGCGUCCUCUGGUUCUUUGCCCACUUCAAUCCCUGUUGCUAUGGAGACCACCAAUGGGACUGAAACUUGGUAUGAAAGCCUGCAUGCCGUGCUGAAGGCUCUCAAUGCCACUCUUCACAGCAACCUGCUCUGCCGGCCAGGGCCAGACAGCCUGACAAAGGAGCGGCGGGCAAACCUACCUGGCCGUGAUGACAACUCUUACAUGUACAUUCUCUUUGUCAUGUUUCUAUUUGCUGUCACUGUGGGCAGCCUCAUCCUGGGAUAUACUCGCUCCCGCAAAGUGGACAAGCGCAGCGACCCCUAUCACGUGUACAUCAAGAAUCGUGUGUCUAUGAUCUGAUGCUAGGGGGCCGGGAAUGGCAGAAUAUCAAGACACCAGAACUCAGUGCUGGACCACAUCAGGUCUCAGUGUCCCCAUCGGUAAGAUCAACAAGAAAACGUGGUCAUUAUUAGGGUGGGAGGAGAGGGGCUGGCAGACCUGGGCCUUGUGGAUAAAGAUUUUUUUUCCCAGUAAAAAUGGACUUUAUAGAACAUGAGAGCCCCAUGAACAAAUAUAUAGAAGUAGCAAAAGAGAGUAACCAACAGCUGGUCAAGUGGCUGGAGUACUGGGAGCUAGGAGCUGGAGGCUGGCGGAAGGAGAAAAGAAAGCUGUCGCAGAAGGAAAUGAAACAGGAAGAUGCAUGGAGAACAUAUUUUUUGAUGCGUUAUCUUCAACGACUAUGAGAAGCAGCAGUGAUUACCAUAUCAUAGAUAAGAAAUGAGUAACGUUACUUAUUUAUACUUGUUCACAUUUUAUAUUUUUGAAGACAUGUAACAUUUGUGAUUUUACCCCCUGUGAGGGAAGCAAAGUAAGUACCAUUCUGCCCAUCUGGGAAUGAUGGGCAUCAUAACUGCCCAUCUAGUUAAUGCCGUAACUAGAACCUAGGAGCGCUGGCUUCCCUGCCUAGUGCUUUUCAAAACUGUGCCACACGGGACAGGAUCCAGGCCUGAAACAUAUACAAUUCUGGGAAGCCUCCUUAAGAAAAAGAAUUCCAAAAUAUUUCGCUUUUGCAAAUAUUACAAAAACAUAAUGUUAAUACAUUACUAGGACCCUUCCUAAGACCCUAAGGAUCCAUGCAAGCGCAGGGCCCUGCAUGUUAAGGGUCUUUGCUCCAGGAUUCGUGUGCCUCUCCAGCUGUGUCACAGUGCCCUUCCCUACCACAUCUCCAGUCACUACCUCUAACAUAGCCUCUUCUGAGCUGAUUAAAUUCUGGGAGGAAUUUUCUGAUACCAAAUUGAAAUCUGCUUCUUGAAGAUUAUUAUCACACCUAGAAGAUUGCCAUAGUAAAAGAAGGAGCAUAUGCAAGGCAGGUACCCGGUUCAGUAGAAGGAUUCUGGUACAUGAACUGGGUGUUCACGUCUUUCUCUGAUCCUUUUCCCACCUCCUUACAAUGAAACAGUUCUACUUGAAAGUCUCUAAGAGCUCUACCAGUGCUGACAUUCUAGUCUUCACAUACAUUAGGUUAAACUAUAAAAUUGUGUUUGUACAUCAAAAGCAGCUGAAUAUCAGUAGUUUUCAUAUGGUUCAGCCUAAUAUGUGCAAUGUGAAAAGUGAAUACCUUACAAGCUACAAAUCCCAGGUUGGAACCUCUCACUGUUCUGUUUGAUUUUUGUUUAAGGGAUCUACAUAGGGUUUUCAGAAGUCCCUAUUGAAACAUACAUAUUUGUAUAUAGUAAAAACUCUGAUAAUUGAUUGCAAUUAUCUCUGGAAACGAGGAUUGUGGUUUUCCAUUUUUUACUUAAAAAUUAUGUAAUAUUUGAUUUAUUUGACCAUAAGUAUGCUACUUGUAUAAUUGGGGAAGGGGAGCUAUUUCACCUUCAAAAAAAAUCAA